AUGUUUACUACCCUUUCCACCCCCACGCGGACGAUUCAGACGACGAUUCAGACGACGAUUCAGACGAGAAGGAGACGACGACCUGCUUCUGCGCUCGCUUCGGAUGAGAAUGCUUCUGAACAGAACAAACGACAACAACAACGGAUGAUGCGAACUGAUGAUGAUGAUGAUGAAAGAACAUUAACGCGCUCUAAAGAAAAGAGAGAAACGAGGAGAGAAGAUGAGAACGUUUCGACGAAUAUGAACAGAAGAAAGUCGAUAUUUAUGGUCAACAUGUCCUGGGGGUGUUUUGCGCUGGCUUUUAAUUCAAACGUGCAACCGACGAGUGCGAUGUUUAACAGCGGUUUGGAUGUGCCCAUCGAGGAACCUUUGCGAGCCGUCGCGGUGGUCUUGGCGGUGAAAGUGGCGUUGCAAGACAUCGCGAACCAAAACGAAGAGUUCCGGAAAACGUGCGAUGCACCGGUGUAUAAUUGCGAUUUAUCGCAACUGAACGUGAAGUGCGCGACUCGAGUGUCAGGUCCCAUGACGCGGGCGUUACCGACGAUUUUAGAGACGUACGGUUUAGACGCGUACGAGGUCGAAGCGUUGAAACAAUCAAUUCAAGAGUUGGAAACGCAAUUGAAAGCGAACAACGCGCGCGUGGCGGUGAACUUUAAAGCGCCGGCGGAAUAUUUUGGAUUAAUCGACAGACAAAUCGACGAAUUGUUGGCACAAAUUCCCGAGGACGCGAUGACGAACGCGAGAGAUAUGUUCGAGAAAGAGUGCGAUUUGAGCGUACCGGCGGAACAGCCCGCGGAACUCGAUUGUAGAAUCGCCAGAGCCGUGAGUCAAGGGAAACGACCCAGCGGGGGGGUUUCUUAG